AUGGUGCUUCUUUUAAAAUAUCAGGCAGGGGCAUCGUCCGUGUGGGCUUCAUGCUGUGGUCUGCUGAAUGAAGUUAUGGGUACUGGAGCCGUCAGAGGUCAGCAGCCAGGGUUUGGGGCAGGUGCUGGGCCCUUUAGAUUCACCUCCAGUGCGGGAUACUCCACAUACCCGCCCACAAGCUCAGGGAGUCCAAGCCUUGUGUGCAAGUCCUGUGGUCUGGCCUUCUCAGUCUUCAGGCGGAAGCACAUUUGCUGUGACUGCAAGAAAAGCUUCUGCUCCCUCUGUUCUGUGCCUCUGGAGAAUGUGCGUGUAUGUGCUACGUGCCAUUUGCUGAAGGCAACAUCUUUCCAUCGGCCGCGUCUCAUGCGUCUGAGGGUUAGGGACCUGCGACAGUAUUUGUUGCUCCACAAUGUCCCUACCGAUACCUGCAGGGAAAAAGAGGACUUGGUGGACCUGGUGCUUUGUCACCAAGGCAGUGAGGAGGAGGAGGAGGAAGAAGAGGAGCUUGACACAAGUAGCCUCCAUUCACGUUCAAUAUAUACUCCGCCACCUUCGACCACACAGUCUGCCUCAGAGCUGUCCCAACUAGCUGCCUCUCGGGAGGAACCUCUUAGCAGGAGUGAUAGUUCUGAUAGCAGUCAGGACAUAGGUGAUGCCACAUCAGUCUCUCUCCUCAACUUGGACCCUAGUGAUCCCACACCUGAGACGAGCCCUCAGACACAGCGUCUGCUACGAGCCUCUCUUUCAGACAUCUCCAGCAUAAGUGAUAUCGAGGGCCUCUCUGUCAGGCAGUUGAAGGAGAUCCUGGCCAGGAACUUUGUCAACUAUUCAGGGUGCUGCGAGAAGUGGGAGCUGGUGGAGCGGGUCAGCAGACUCUACAGGGAAACUGAAGAAAACAGGAAAUCAUUGGAAAAUGUGAGCAGUACUUUAACCAAAGUGGUGGCCUUUCCCUCUUCUAUCUGCAAUGGGGCCAUUGGAGAUGGUGAGAAAGGUCCUCCGAUGUUCCUGGACGAGAACUUGUGCAGGAUCUGCAUGGAUGCUGUCAUCGACUGCGUUCUGCUGGAGUGCGGCCACAUGGUGACCUGCACCAAGUGUGGCAAGAGGAUGAGUGAGUGCCCCAUCUGCAGGCAGUACGUUGUGAGGGCCGUGCAUGUCUUCAAGUCUUAA